UCAUAAAAAAGGAAAGAACGUUACUCUUUUUCUAUGCCUCGCGUUUCUCUCUCUUUGUUCAAAUUUCGAAUUCGAAACACACCGAAACCCAUACCAAGAUGCUCCUCCGAACCCACAGCUGCCACGUCAGCAGCAUCUUCGCCGCGUUAGCCAUCUUCCUCGCAACGGCGACGUUCGCCGCCGCGCAAUCUUGCAACGGCAUCCAGCUCUCCUACGCUUACACCGGCGGCGAGCGCCUCCCUCCCAACGUCUCCGACGCGGCGAAGCAGCCCUACCGGUUCCAGUCGACGGUGACGGUGCUCAACAACGGCCUCGACGAGCUCAAGUCCUGGAAGGUCUUCGUGGGGUUCGAUCACGACGAGUUUUUGGUCUCCGCCUCCAAUGCGGUGCUCGCCGAUGGCACCACCCUCCCCGCCGCCGUCGGAAACGGCACCGUCUUCGCUGGCUACCCCAUGACCGAUCUCAAGACCGCCGUCGAAACCGCCGGCGACUUGACCCAGAUGCAGGCUCAGAUCAACCUCGUCGGCACCGUCUUCGGGGUGGCGCCGCCCAAUGUUCCCAUGCCGGCGUCCAUCAACCUCGCUAACGAUGGAUUCAUCUGUCGGAAAUCCUCCACUCAAGGGAAGAAUGCGAGUAGUGUGUGUUGCACGAGAGAUCCCAAGUUCAAAACUAACAUAACCACGGAUGAAAAGUUUCUGCCACGUCAGAGUGGUGAUCUGACAAUCAUGUAUGAUGUGAUCAGAACUUAUGAUUCCAAUUACUGGGCUGAGGUUACUAUCGCAAACCAUAACUCCCUUGGGAGGCUUGACAACUGGAGGUUGAGCUGGGACUGGAUGAAUGAUGAGUUCAUUUAUUCUAUGAAAGGUGCUUAUCCUUCUGUUGUGGAUGCUUCUGAUUGUCUUUUUGGGAAGCAAGGUACAUUCUACAAGGAACUUGACUUUGCCAAUGUGUUGAAUUGUGAGAGAAGGCCCACCAUAAUUGAUCUCCCUCCCACCAAGUUCAAUGAUUCUGAGCUUGGGAAGAUUCCCUUUUGCUGCCGGAAUGGUACUAUUUUGCCUCCAUCCAUGGAUCCUAGCAUGUCAGCUUCCAGAUUCCAAAUGCAGGUCUUCAAGAUGCCGCCGGCGCUUAACCGCUCCCAGCUUUCUCCGCCGCAGAACUGGAAGAUAAGUGGUUCACUCAACCCUGACUACAAAUGUGGCCCUCCUGUGCGAGUGAGUCCUACUGAAAAUCCUGAUACAUCCGGCUUACCAUUGAACAAAACCGUGAUCGCCAGUUGGCAGGUUGUAUGCAACAUAACAGUGGCCAAGGGAACAUCAAGCAAAUGCUGUGUCUCGUUUUCAGCUUACUACAAUGAUUCAGUUAUUCCAUGCAAGACAUGUGCUUGUGGAUGCUCCAAGAACACACAGAGGACAUGUAGCACUACUGCUCCAGCUAUGUGGCUUCCACCGGAGGCACUUCUUGUUCCUUUUGAGAACCGAACUGCCAAGGCGGUUGCUUGGGCGAGUCUGAAACACCUCCGGGUGCCAAACCCUAUGCCUUGUAGCGAUAACUGUGGUGUGAGCAUCAACUGGCAUUUGUUCACUGACUACAACAAAGGAUGGAGUGCAAGGGUCACACUUUUCAACUGGGGUGAGACUAAUUUUGCAGACUGGUUUGCUGCGGUUCAAAUGGACAAAGCAGCUGCAGGUUUUGAGAAAAUGUAUUCAUUCAAUGCAACUGCUCUAGAUGGUGUCAACAACACAAUAAUCAUGCAAGGUUUGCCAGGAUUGAACUACCUUGUAGCAGAAACAGAUGGAGCUGACCCUCUGAAAGAUCCUAGGGUGCCUGGUAAACAACAAUCAGUGAUCUCAUUCACCAAGAAAACCACUCCUGGAAUCAAUGUGGCUCGUGGAGAUGGGUUUCCCACUAAAGUCUAUUUCAAUGGGGAGGAAUGUUCUCUUCCUUCAAUCUAUCCAACAAGCAGUGGUUUCAGGAAUGGUUUUUCCUUGGCCACUUCCUUGCUUCUACCACUGUUGCUGAUCCUCUUGACGCUGUAAUAGUGGCUAUGUUUGAUUUCCCGAGACAGGAUUUGAUUCAUAUAUUGACCUCACCACAGAAACUCAGUGGACUUAGUCGUGCUGUUGUAACAUUCAUGCGUGUGUCUGGUUUGGAUGCUGUGGCAGUCAUUGUUCAAUUCAUGUGAUUCUUUCCAGCAUGUUACAGUACAGAAGAUUGUAGAUUUGUGUUAGAUGAUACUUGAUAGAAAUAUAUAUUAUUCCUUUUUAUAUCGAAAGUUUAUUGUUUUUUCUUUCUUUGUUUGCGUUUUAUCUGAGUAGUUCUUUCGUAGAGGGUGGUUAUCACAGGAAAUCAAAUCAUUAUUUGACUAAUGCAAGAGAUUGAGAUUAUGGGCUAAAUGUACUGUCCAUUAAAAAUGUA